AUGAUGAUUCAUUGUGAUAAAUGUUGGAAGGAUGACGAAGAGGAAGUUCAAGCCACGCACCAUUGUUCAGAAUGUAACAUGAAUAUGUGUGAGAACCAUUUGGGAUUACACAAUAAUUCCAACAAGACGAGAUCACAUACAAGCCAUGUCAAGGAAAUUUCAUUUCUUCCACCAAAGGUUGAGAUUUCCAUCAAGUAUUGUGAUAAAUGUUUGAAGGAUGAAGAGGAAGAAGUGAUUGCUACCCAUUCAUGUCCAACUUGCUCAAUGAACUUUUGUGAAAAUCACAUCAAUUUGCAUAAUAAUUCAAACAAGACGAAAUCACAUGCUUCAUCUGUUGUUGAGAUUCCUGCUUUGAAAAAUACUUGUGAUUGUGCUAAAUGUUUGAAGGAACAUGGUGAGUCUAUCGCUGCUGGAUAUUGGUGUGAGCAGUGUAAGGUUAAUUUGUGUGAAAAUCAUUUCAAGUUACACAACAAGUCAACCAAGACUAGUUCUCAUACUCAUAAGGUGCUGACCACUGUAGCAAGAAAUGUUCCGUUCAGUCUUGAAUAUGAAGAUGAAAAGAAAUUGGGUGAAAAUGAAGAUUUCAAUUUUGAAUUCACUGGUCCAAAUGCUAUUUGUUUGGAUUCCAAACAUGGAAAACUAUUUGUUUCAGAUCGUAGUACUAUUUUUGAAUUUGAUACUAAAACUAAAUUGAUGGUCAACCAUUUUAAAGAACCACAAGAUAGAGAUCACUAUCAUACAUGCUAUGAUUUGAGAGAUGAUGCUCUUGUCUAUGUAAUUGACAGAUGUUGUGCCUCAACUAUUGUGAAAAUUUCAAGAGAUGGUAAAAUGACCUAUUGGGAGAAUGAUGAAGACAUGGGAAUCAUUAGAAGCAUGGCAGUUGAUAAGCAUGAUGGCACUAUUUACCUGUUACAAAGAGGCGGCAUUGACUUUUUGUGUCCUGACACUGGAAAGGUCAUUAAAUCGUUAAGGGAAAACUUGCAAGGUCAAAAUAUAUUUGGAAAUACUGAUUUUGCAUCACUUGCAUUGAAUUCCAAUAAUGAUUUGGUUUUACUUUCAGAAUACGAAAUGAUUGUAUGUAAUAAGAAGGGAAAGAUUCUCAAAAAGGUUGAAUUGAAAACUCCAUGUGGAAGAACUGGAAGAUUAGUAAUUGAAAACGAAACUGGUAGAAUAUUUACUACUCAAUAUGGAAUUGUUUCAAUGAAUCAAGAAGGACAAGAAUGGGUUGACUAUAAUAAUGAAUUCUUUGAUGUUAGUACAUCUGGAAAGGGAAUUGAUAUUGCUUUGGAUUGUGAAAAUGGUGAAUUGUAUUGCUCAUCCAGAUCUAAAACUUGUGUUCUUUCUUUUAAAUAA